CUCCGCGCGUUUGUGUGGAGAAAGAAAGAUGGCGGCGCAUUGAGUAGCGCUGAGUAAACCAAGCUCCUUCUUCGGACACUUUCUUUAAUACUGUUCACAGCAGUAAACGUGUGGGAGUCUUAUUCGGUGGCGGAUGCACUACACUACAUACGGAGCAUACACGGGAACGCGAAGAGUCGAGAGUUAGCCAGGAAUGCUAACGUACCAGCUAGAACUUUGCCAUUCUCACGUAUCUGCAGGAAUAGAAAGAGGAAGUCAAAAACAACCAGGUCACUUUAUAGCUUCCGACCACAGCGGAAACAUCACAAAAAUAAUAACACUUUGUCAUCCCUCCAUCUUUUGUUUUCUGUCUCGCCUUAUUUUCUCUUGUCUAUUAAGACAAUAAACAAAUUAAAACAAUUCCCUUUCCCCGCAUUCACUUCGAUCUGCGCGUGAGGAAGAUCUCAUCCGCACGUGCAACAGCAAUAUUUUCGCGGGGUGAUCAAGGUUGCCAUGGCUACGGGGCCCUCGCGCCAUCUGUUGCUGCAUGGAUGCGCGCGCACGCUUUAAAAACUCUCUGGUGAAAGAAAACGGGUUAGCUUCGGAUGCUAACCGUUCUGAGGGGGAGGAACUUUUUUUUUGUUUGUUUGUUUUAGUUACCUCCCGAGGUAACAGCGGGUUAGAUUACGGCUCGAGUUUAAUCAAAUAGUUACAGAACCAAAACAAAAGAAGAAAAAGAAAAGAAAGGGGGAGUGGUGAGAGAUGAAGCCGGGAAAAUGAGCCUGUGAGGCGGCAGUGAUGCUCGACUUUCCCCCGCCGCUGCGUCUCACUUUACCUCAGUCUUCCAUCAGCUUCAUCACGGAUUAUCUCACUUUAUAUCUCAACUUUAGUGUUCAUUUUACUUCAAAACUUUCAUUUACACCACGGUGGACUGUAAGGCACUGAGGGGAUAAAAUGGCAACAGGUGGAGCUCCGUUUGACGACGAACAGGAGCUGCACAACUGGACCGUUAGCAACGGCAGCCUGGAUGACCGACUCAAUAACAUGGACUGGGGUGUUCAGCAGAAAAAGGCAAACCGGUCAUCAGAGAAGAACAGAAAGAAGCUCUCCGCUGUGUCCGAGAGUCGUCUGACCAACGACAUCUCUCCGGAGUCGACACCAGGGGCGGGGCGUAGGCGAGCGAGAACGCCGCACUCCUUCCCUCACGUCAAAUACACUACACAGAUGUCCGUUCCCGAUCAGGCUGAGCUGGACCGACUGCGGCAGCGCAUCAACUUCACCGACCUGGACGAGAGGAGCAUCGGAAGCGACUCCCAGGGACGCGUCACUGCAGCUAACAACCAGCGCCAGCUUUCCUCUGAGCCCAAGAAACCCUUCAACUUCCUCCCGCUUCACGUCAACACUAACAAGAGCGGAGAUUCUUCUGCCUCUGCCCCACCUGCUAUCACUACUGGGGGUAAAGAAGCUAAGAAACAGAGCCUGGGGAAGGAUCUGUUUUCCCCGGUGCCCAUGGUACCCGUGGUACCUGUGGUACCUGUAAUUGAGCCACACAGAGCCGAUAAACCCAGCAGAGGCUCUCUGAUGGACGGGAGAGGAGAUUCAGCUAUCGACAGCAGCCAGGUGGUCAGUAAACUGGUGCAGAUCCGUGAGUACAUCAGCAGAGCCAGCUCUAUGAGGGACGACCUGCUGGAGAAGAACGAUGUUCCGGCUAACGUUGAGCGCCUCUCUCACCUCAUCACACACCUGAAGGAACAGGAGAAAUCUUACUUGCGCUUUUUGCAGAAGAUGCUGGCGAGAGAGAAUGAGGAGGAGGAGGAGGAGGAUGAAGGUGCCACGGUGGACUCGGCGGUGUGUUCGGGCUCCAUGGCCGAGAGCACGUCUCUGAACUUAGAGCCUCGGUCAGAAGCCGCAGACCCCACCUGCUACCGGGUUGGGGGUCAGCAGAAAGAGGAGUUGGAAAAUCUGCGAAAGCAGCAUGACCUUCUGCAGAAGAUGCUGCAGCAGCAGGAAGAGCUGCGAGAGCUGCAGAACCGACAGGCUGCCCUGCUGACCAUGCAGAACCGAGCCGAACACACGAUGGAUGACACCGUUGUAACAGAGACUACAGGAAGUGUGUCAGGGGUUAGCAUCACUUCAGAACUCAAUGAUGAGCUCAAUGACCUCAUACGACGCUUCCACAACCAACUGCAUGACUCUCAGUCUCAGGCAGUGCCUGAUAACCGGCGUCAGGCUGAGAGUCUGUCUCUCUCUAGAGAAGUGUCCCGUUCUCGCUCUACCCACAGUCCCCGGGGGCAGCAAACCCUCGGUGCCGAUGCUGCUGCCGUCUCUGCCUCCUCUGCUAGCGCCAAACUCACCAAACUACAGGAGCUCCAGGACAAGAAGCAGACGAUGGACAAAAUCCUGCAGGAGCUUCAUUCACUCCGAGACCAGACACUAAACAACAGCUCCUGCCGUGGUGCAUCUCAGCGUGUUUCUGAGCGUCCAGCUGCAUCGGGGAGAGACGGGAACGGUGUGUCUGUAGCCAGACAAGAUUCUUCACCUUUUGAUGAUGGAGGAAAUCCAGCUGAAAAACUGAGGAAGUUGAAGGAGGUUCACAAGCGUCUGAACGAGCUGAGAGAGCUGGUGCAGUACUACGAGCAGACAUCUGACAUGAUGGUGGACACGGUGAACGAGAAUGUGAACGAAGACGAGGAGGAUGAGACCGAAGACGGGUCGCUCUUUGAAGCCAUGUUCGAUUCGGAACAGGAGAACCGAGAACCCAUCACUAAUAUCAGAAACCCUGCUCAGCCUCAGUCCACAUCUAACUGGAUGGACAUGAACACACUGACGAACGCCUGCAGCAGCUCUAACAACAGAGUCACUCGGCUAAACUCGCAGUGUGAGGUCAACAACCGCUCAGCUGCUAACCUGCGUAGCCUCAACGUGCCCUCUGUUAUAGAGUGCCAGUAUAACCGAGACGGCUCCUACAACGGUGCUAAGCACGGGAACGGAGACGAAGAUGACGAGGACGACGACGAUGGUGUCGAGGAGGAGGAAAGAGCAAGGCGAGGACGAAGAGAGAGCUCUGCUUCAGGGUCCAGUCGCCGGAGCAGCAUCGCAGAUGAUGCAGAGUUUGCUCAGAAAGUUCAUCGUCUCCAAACGGCCAAGCAGAAGCUGCAGCAGCUCCGUGAUCUCGUUGCCAUGGUGCAGAGUGAUGACACGGACACCACGGCAGCCAAUGAGGACGAAGGAUUGCAACAGCAGCCCAACAACACCAGAGCAACUGCACCGAGGGCUAAGAGAGAACUCGCACUCUCUGACAUGGCCAGGGAGAAGCUGUAUGAGGAGAAGCUGAGGCAGCAGCAGCAGGAGCUGAAGCAGCUUCAUGAGGAGAGACAGAGACUAAUGGAAAUCCAAGGCAAAAUCCAGGACCUGCAGUGGGCGUGUCCCGAUCUACAGUCAUCUGUGUCGAGUGCCGCGAGUGGCGUGAUGAUGAUAAAGAAGAUUCCUGCUGCAGCUUCCACUCCAGCUGUUGUCCCGUCCACAUCAGCCAAGAGUAACACCACCGUGCUCAAACACACCACCGAGCCUGCGCCUGUUACCGUUACGGACAACGAGUUGUGGUCAGAGAUGCGCAGACACCAGGUCCUGCGUGAGGAACUGAGGCAGAGACGGAAACAUCUGGAAAGUCUGAUGGCCGAGCAGCAGAGGAGGAGUGAUGCACACCCUGCUCACACCUUCACCCAAGAUGACCGAACCAUGGCAACAUGGGGCGGCUCUACACAGUGUCCACUCGGUGAUGAUGAUGAUGAUGAUGAUGAUGAAGAUUACCCAUCUGAGCUUGCAGCACAAGAAGACGAAGAUGAGGAUGAGGAAGAGGGAACAGAGUCAAGCUCCACUGAUGAACCACACUCGUACGCUAACAGGAAGCCCAGCAGUGGUGGCAAGAACAGGGACAGUGUAAAGGGUUCAUCUCCACGCUGCACCAGAUCUCGGCCUCGUCCCAACCCCAGGGGGGCAAAGAGGCAGGAAAACCUGCGCUGGGCUGCUGACCUGUCAGCCUCCGAGAGCGCUACACAGACUCACACACACUGGCAGGAGCAGACCACACAGAUGCAGAGACAGCUGGACUUCAGCACAGCUAUGUGUCAGAUGCUGCUGCAGGACCAGCAGACUCUUUCAUGCAUGCUGCAGUCAGUACUGACCACACCGUAUAACACGCUGCCCAAUAACCUGGGCUCACCACAGGUGCCCCUCAUUAUGCACCAGCUCAACCACUGUUACACACAACUUGCCUGGCAACAGAACAACAUCAGUAGGUUGAGGCAAACUCUCAAUGACCUCCUUCAACAGCAACAGCAGCCCUCCCCAGGUCAACAGCAGCAUCAGAACAUUGCACAGGAUUCCGUCUCUCCCUCGCCAUUCCUGCCCUUCCCUCCCAUCAGCACGCUCGGUACAAACAACUUUUCCCCUCUCGCUACUGGCUUUAAUCUCUCUCCCAUGUUCCCGUCUGUGGGUUCAGAGAUUCAGCAGGCUUCAGGAACUCAGGCCAGCCCGGAUCAACAGCCUGACCACAACAUGUCCCUAAAAACUGAGUACAUGAGCUUCCCGCCUCCGCUGCAGAGGACGCCCCUUAAUAACGCUCACACACGCUCUCUAGAUGACUCUAAAAACUCCAGCUUGCUGAACUCCACCUUGAACAGGUCAUGUGACAAGCGAGGCAGUGAGCAAGGGAGGCUGGAAUCCCAUGAUUCCUUGAGCAGCGUGCCUGACCGUGUCGACCCCUCCACUGUCACCAAGAGCUUCAGACCUGGACGCAAAGCCUCGGCUCAGGCCAGCCUCGCAUCCAGAGACAAAACACCAAAGAACCGGCGUUGGAGGGGCAAGAACCACAAAAACACAGGUUUGGACAGUGACAGUGUUUCGAGUGCCUCAGAGCUCAAUCAUGAGCGUGAAAAGGGCAGGGAGCGAGAACGGGAGCGCUCGGCUCAGCCAAGACCACGGGAUCCAAACCAGAGCCUCCUGGACAAGCUUACCCAGGAGAAACUAGACAGCAAGACCAAAAAGCACAAUGAACUCUCCUCAGCAGCGUAUGCAUGGAGAACCCCCUUUCUCUCUAACCAAAUUGCAUGCACCGAAGCUCCAGACGGCAGCAGUGACUUCUCUCUGUUCGAGGCUCUGAGGGAGACGAUCUAUUCAGAAGUGGCCACUCUGAUCUCUCAGAACGAGUCUCGUCCACACUUCCUCAUUGAGCUCUUCCAUGAGCUGCAGCUUCUCAACACCGACUACCUUCGCCAGAGGGCACUCUACUCACUGCAGGAUAUUGUAACCAGGCACCUGACUGAAAAGAGUGUCGCUGAGGAGGCGGGGUCACAGUCUGAACUCACUCCCAGCGAGAGUCUGGCCACUACUGACAACGACGUAUCUGAGAAAGACGUGAGGAUGAAGAUCAGCUCUCGAAGAAAGAGAGCUGUGGAGGGAGAUUCAGUGGACAGUGAGAGCUUGUUGUCCACGUCCUCAAACCUGGAGCCAUUCGCCAGCGAUGACCUGGGUAACACAGUGAUUCAUUUAGAUAAAGCUCUGGUGAGAAUGCGGGAGUUUGAGCGUAUGAAACUAAAGGCUGGGUUUCUUCCUCCUCCUCCUCCACCUCCUCCUGCUUCUGCUGCCCCUGCUUCUGUAUCUACAGCGCCCCCUGUCUCUAAUCCUGAGUUCUCGCCUGUUACCCCUGCUGCUACUGCUGCUGCUGCUACUGGGGGUGAUCCAGCUGCUGUCCAAGGUCAGGACAUACGUUGCCCUCAGAUUGACACACAGCAGUUGGACAGACAGAUCAAAGCCAUCAUGACAGAAGUCAUCCCCUUCCUGAAGGAACACAUGGGUGAGGUGUGUUCUCCACAUCUCCUGACGUUGGUUAGGCGGAUGGUCCUGACGUUGACUCAGCAAAACGAUGACAGCCGAGAGUUCAUGCGCUUCUUCCACAAGCAACUCGGGGGAAUCCUACAGGAGUCCCUGAGUAAGUUUGUCGGCCGGACGCUGCAGGACUGUGGUGAGGAUCUGCUGGUGGACAUCUCAGAGAUCCUCUUUAAUGAACUUGCCUUCUUCAGACUCAUGCAAGACCUUGACCAGAACACUCACCGUGCCAAGAGACAGACACCGACCACGCCCACUAAGCACGCACCCUCCACUGAGGGAAAGAAGUCUGAAGGAGAAAAGACUUUCUCACCUUCUUAUUUUGAUGAGGAUAAAGACAGGGAUGAGACUGAGCAGGGAAGGGCAAGUCUCUGUCUCGAUGGAGAGAGAGAGCAAACAGAUGAGAAACCGAGCAGGGACGCCUCCGAGGAGGAAGAUGAAGAGGAAGGAGACGGACUGCCACUGUCUAUAAGCUUGUCCAAAGCAGAGACACAGGCGUUGAAUAACUAUGGCAGCGGUGAGGACGAGAAUGAGGUCGAGGAGGUUGAGGAGUUUGAGGCUGGAUCUGUGGAAGUGCAGACAUCCCUGCAGGCUUCAGACAACACCUCAGAACCCUCACAGUGUAACGGAGUUUCCCUAAACGUAGCUGCACAGGAGACCAAGUCAGACCAAGAGAGUACAGAAAGUACUGAAGUGAAGAGCUCCAAGUCGGAGUCUAUAGAGGUGAUGGAGGAUGAGCGAGAUGCUGUAGCUGAGGACACACACACAUACAGCAAGGAGGAGUCUGCUGUCCCCGUGGCCACGCCUUCACAGGAAAGUCCUCAUGGCUCCACCACGGCAAGCCCUCAGACUGACUCUCCUGUUCUGGUCAACGCAGAUGAGGUUGGGUCUGGAAACACUAGUCAGAAAUCUGAUGAGGAGGAUUUCGUCAAGGUGGAAGAUCUCCCGAUGCAGCUGUCAGUGAUGUGUGAGGAGGAGCUGUGUAAGCAGAUCUUAGAGGAACAGAGGAGCAAUAAUCUGACCAGUGAGAUCCUGAACGGGAACACCCAGAACGGACUUGUAGGCAACGCACAAGCACUUAAAGAGCCUGAAAGCGUUGGAGCCCAGAGUGCAUGAAGACGGUGGAUUGUAAUCACCGCGUCCCGACACUACAGCAUCAUAUUUAUCUUUAAUGUGUGUUAUUUCAUACCCAGGUGAUUUAAAAUCACGACGGAUAAGUAAUGACAUCACUCAGUGCAACUUACUUGCUGAAGUUCAGCCUGAGCCUCACUGACGUUUCAGUGCUGUUUAUUUAUCUGAAAUUUAAUCAGACGGUUGGUUCGAGAGGAAACACUGUAAAUCUAAGGUUUGUGUUGAACUCUGUAACUUCACGCCCUCCUGUUCGCUUUUUAAAGCCGAGCCUCACACUGGAAACUUUCAGCGAUGUUUAUGGCGUUUUCUUCUUUUUUUUCUCUCUCUUUUUGUUGGUUGUUUCUUUCUCUCUUACCUUUCGAGGUCUCUGAAUCUCCUCCUCCUCGUCCUCCUCCUCAUGCACUUUGUGGCCCAGAAACAGAUUAGAGGUUAAAGUAUCGACAUCAACAGCAAAUUUUCUUUAAAAUUGAGACUCGCCUUUUCCUGAAAACUUUUUCGGGAGGAAUCUCACGAAUGCCGAAUUCCUCCUGUCUCUCUCUCGCUCUCUCUCUCUCUCUCUCUCUCUCUCUCUCCCCCCCUCUCCUCCCUCCUCCAGGGGGACGCAUUUCAGCCUUAAUGCAUUCUUUUAAUCCUCCCCCCACCCUCUAUUUUCCUCAUUUUUAGCUUUUAAUUUUUCGUCCCAGUUCAUAUGCUUGGUACUCGGAAUCUGUUUUCAUGAGGUUUAAAAUGUUAGAAGGUUUUAAGUUGUAACGAAUAAAAGAUAAAUUUUUACUUUGUCCCUUAAACAUCUUGUUCCAGUUGCUUUUAUUUUCCUCAAACUCGACUUGAGAGUGCUCUCAUCAUCUCCUAGGGUUUAUUAUCAUUUUAGAAUGAUCUUAAUGUUUGAAUGAACCUCACAGACGCCAAAUGAAAUGUGUGUGUUUCAGUCCGGUCCUGGAUAUCUCUAACACCUUCACGAACAGAGCUUGAUCUUACAUCAUUACCUUCUUUAGCUACACUGUCUAAGAGAUGUCACGUCUGAUGGAGAAGCUUUGAUUGAUGUUAAAGUUGUUUCCUUCAGCAGUACAGCACUGUGUAGAAGAAAAGAUCCGGACGCUUCACAGCAGGAACAUCUGUACAUCUGCUCAUCCUCCUCAUCAACCCUAUAAACAUCAGAAUGGAGAGAAGGGACUGAGUGUGGCAUUAAUGUUGGUGACACUUCAAGUAUCUCACAACCUGCUGAUCUCAUGGCAUGUUCACACACAACAGGGUUUCUACAGAAUGGUGAAAAUAACAAAAAACAUCAGGAAGGGUCAGUUCUGUGGGCAGAAAAGCCUCCAUGAUGAGAGAGAGAGAGAGAGAGAGAUCAGAGGAGAACGUCCAGAGCUGACCGGAAGACUCUUUACAACCAAGAUGAGAAGAAAAUCCUGGAAUGAACAACCUGUUGAAUAUGAAGGUGGAGGAGCUACAACAGCAGAAGACCACGUCAGGUUUGACUUGGUAUAAAAACUGAGAAGUAGAAAAACAAAUUCAGCUUUAAAUUGACUUCAGCGGGCCUUGAUGACGUUUUAUUAAACGUCUAAAAUGUAUUCCGUGGAGUUUGGGGCAAAAUCACAAUGUAAAUAGUGUGAUAGAAGCUUUUUACAUGUUAUUACACAGAUAUAAAUGAGUU